AUGAGCAGACCUAUCGACGCCCCAUCCGCACAGCCCUCUCGGCGAGAUGCCAAUCCACCAUCAACACAACCAUCAACUCAAGCAUCCAGCCUUCGAUCGGCGCAGUACUCAUCUUCCGUGCGAUUCGAACAGGUUCCCACUCACGAUCAAGCCAACACCUCCAUGGACAGCACUCGCCCCGGCUUCAUUCAAGAACCAAGCUCCGAGGAUGACGAUCACUACCACUACUACUCGAGCUCACACACCGAUUCUGGUCACAGAUCGAGCUCCUUUGGCAUCGCAACGCCAGCGCACGCUUUCCCAUCCUCGUCUGCUUACCAUUACAAAGCUAUGAUCAGCAAGCACGGUCACGGCUUCCCACACAGGGCCGACUCGGUCCGCAACAUCUCGGCCCUCGCCAAUCUUGUCGACUACCGCUCCAACUACUUCGAGGACCAUCGUGUCGGCGAACAAGAGAUCAAGCACCGCACAAAGCAUCUUGCUUGGUCCAAAGCGACAGCCGUUUGCGAGUACUAUGAACGUCUCAACGAGACCCUAGAUGGCUGGAGAGAGGUUGACGAGAUUCUCGACUCACGCUUCCCCGACCAAGUCAUGCGACGCUUCAUCCAGCACGAUCAACUCCGCAACAAGAAGAAUCAGCGGCCAAGGUCAUCCAACAAGGGCAAGCGUCGCAACAAGCAAGCUCACUUUCAGCAGAACGGCCGAAAGACGCCUGUUGAAAGCGAUGGCAAUGUCUCGGACCAAGACGAGACAGAGGAGGAGGACAGAGGUAGAGCAAGGCGCUCACUCAAGAGUAGCUUCAGUGCCAAAGCCAUCGAUGCUUUCAGUGGUCUCUGGUUCGGCGCCUCAAAUAGUCCACGCGCAUCCAGCAAAUCUGAUCUUGAGCGAGGACGCAGCAACUCACAUUCCUACUCGCACUUGCACUCGCACUCGCACUCGCACUUGCACACGCACUUGCACACGCACCGCCCCGACAAUCCGCCAUCCAAGCGCGAGGCUUUCGAUUUGACUUCAGCCACCGAGGAGGACCAAGAGCGAGAUGAUCAAGCAUCCCACAUUGAGCAAGCUCCACUCUCAAGCUCAUCUCCCGCUCUGAACAACAGCCGCACGCCAUCCACACGGCGCGACUAUGGCGCCACCUCAGCCUCCACUGCCGGUCAGCUCUUCGACAAGCUUCGUCGUGAAGGACGCAUAGAGCAGAUCCGCCGUUCCGAGUCCCAGCUUGCUCUCUCUUCUGGCGCUAGCACUCCAGCUCACGGCAGUUGCACACAAACACCCCACGACGGUAUCUCGUCUCCUGCAUCUAGAGCCAACAUCAUCCGACCAAGCCAGGUCGAGAACAUCCCAGAGCACCAUGGUGACGCUUCUCACGACUCGAAAGGGAUCCAUCUCGAAGGCGUCAAAGUCGUACGCAACCCCCGUCAUCAAGCUAGCCUCGACCGUGAUCUCAGUCGCGAGCGUCAGCAUCGCCCAUAUGCCUCACAAGAAGAGGAGAGGCAGGCACUACUCAGCACCGUACCAAAUCGCGCAAAGGAGGAAGAGACUUCACGUUCUGUCCAGUUCGCUAUCAACAUCAACCUCAUCGUCAACAUCCUUCUGCUUGCAGGAAAAGGUGUAGCUGUACUCUCCUCCAAUUCGGUUUCGCUCAUUGCAUCCCUUGUCGACAGUGCUCUCGAUCUCUUGUCCACCAUCAUCAUCUUUGCUACUUCCAAGGCCAUCGCAUAUCGUUCCUGGAGGACCAUCUACAAGUACCCCGUCGGCAAGCAGCGUCUGGAACCCCUCGGUGUCGUCAUCUUCUCCGUCCUCAUGAUCGCAUCCUUCGUUCAGGUCUUCAUCGAGUCCGUUGGUCGACUCCGCGAGGUCCUCGCCGAGUCGCAAAAGGAUCCAGGUUUGCCUCUUAUCGGCGUCACUUUCAUGCUAGCAACAAUCGGCAUCAAGACGGUCAUGUGGCUACUUUAUCGCUCUUCCAAGUCCUCUGGUGUCCGGGCCGUGGCACAAGACGCUGAGAAUGAUGUCGUCUUCAACAUUGCCUCGCUCAUCUUCCCCAUCCUCGGCUCCAGACUUGGCUGGCCAGCACUCGAUUCUAUCGGCGGUAUGGUCCUCUCUGUCUACAUCAUCUACGAAUGGGUCGAAACACUGUGGGAGACUGUAUCAAAGCUUUCCGGCGCCGUCGCCUCUUCCACAGAGAUCUCCAAGUGUCUAUACUGCGUUGUUCGCUUCAACUCGGUCAACAGCGUCUCUGCCUUUGAGCUCUUCCACUCGGGUGACAAUCUCAUUGUCGAGGCUGACAUCGUGCUGCCUCAUUCCAUCUCGCUCAAAGAGUCUCACGAUCUUGGAGAGAUCAUCACUUACUGCACGGAGAACAUCACAGGCGUCGAGCGGUCUUACAUACAUCUCGACUACAACCCCAAGGGACAAGCAGGGCAUCUCACGCAGCGAGGCUAA